AUGGCGCAAGUUACAGAGCAGGAGUUUUUUGGCGGGGCGAUCCGCGGGGUUGUGCCGCAAGGCUGGAUUGAUGCCAGCACUCUUCGUGAAAUCCCAGACCACCAGGAACUCUUCCUAUCGCCAGCUACGCUCUCGAAUUUAAUCAUUGAAAUCAAUCAGCGCGUCUCCCAAGACAACGCCCUCGGUAUCUUCGCCACCUACAGCCACCAGCACCCCACGCUUGCUGCUGGAGGCGGCAGCGCAUCUAACGUCACAUCCGAGACCGUUGAUAAGGCUGCUGCGCUGUACCAUCUCCAUGAUCUGUGCGACGAAGGCGAUGCCAUGCAGGUAGUCACCCCGCCGACGCGGGUCACGCUGACUCGUCUGAGCGAUUCCGCAUCGCCAGGCUCGCCAGUCACCGCGUACAAGGGCGUGGUAACAUUCUCGUCUCCGUCGCGUCAACGGGGUGGUCAUUUUCCUGGGUCAUCUAAUGGGAUCCCGACCGCCGCGGCGGAUUCAGCAGUCGCUGGUGCAACGGUCAACGGGACCUCCGGGCAAGCAAUGUCGAAGAUGACUUGUCAUUAUCUCCUGAUGCGGUUGGAGGCGCAGGACACAGAUUUGCUGGCUUUCUUCAAUGUGCCGCAUGAGGAGUUUGAUAGGAGUGGAAACCCACGGGGGCUCUCAAGGGAGGAGGCUAUUGCAGAGGAGACGAUCGGUGGGUUGGCGAACCAAUUGGAAAUUCGGGACUGGGGGCUUUUUGUCUAA